UCUUACUUUUUCUUUUUACUGAUCUUACACGAAUAUUCAGCCAGCCAUGGAUAGUUCCCAGGCAAGGAUGAGAGAAUCAGCAUCUCAUAAUUCUCAGCGUGAGGCAUGUGCCCAGCGGCAACAUGCUCGAAUACAAUAUGACGAGACCUGUCUUGAAAAUGAAGUUCUUUUUAAAAAACGUUUGAGUUGAGUUAUAUUUCUUGAUCAGUUGGCAAAUUCUCCCCAGUAUUACAGAUUUUGAUUGCAACAUGGCAGCAGUAAAAGUUGACAGCCAACGCCGCUAUCAUGACACGUCCGCGGCUUAUGUGCUCCCAAAAGCGAACGAGUAGGCUCAUUUUAUGCAGCCAUAGGAGAAAUUACUGAUAAUUUCCAUAGCAUCAUUGAGCAAGACCGACUUGAUGCUCAGGCAGCUGCAAUUGUGGAGAUGAUUGGCGGCUUUCCCCUCUUGACUCCUUUGCAAACACUGGAUAACAUCUCCAAGGUGGUUGAGUGAGUAUAGUCAGGUUAUGAACUUUGGCGGAUUCAAUAUCAAUGAUUUUUUUUCAUGGUUCCUGCUCAUUGUCUACUCAUUUCGCAAUGUCACCAAAAACGAUUGCCGUGCAAUUGGCUAAUCUACCGGUGGCUUAGUGUGGGUUGCGGUACUGGUGUUGCGACCGUCCAGAUUGCUACACUAUUACCUUCUACCACGAUCUACGGUCUCGACUUAACUCCGGUCCCAGAAGUAUCAAAAGAAAUGGCGCCAGGUAACGUUAUUUGGGCUCAAGGAAAUGCAUUGGAUGUUGACUACAACCAACCUGGCAACGACAUAAUGAGCCGCGAGAUAUUUACCUCCGGAGGACUGGAUUAUGUUUUCGGUCGCAUGCUUUUUUUGGGUAUCAAUAACUGGCCGAAGUACUUCUCAAUUACAUCGCAUGCGUUGAGGUCUGGCGGCAUUAUUGAACACCAGGAUCUAGAUUGGAAGUUCUACCGUGCUGGGACAUCAGAAUGCGUGAGUGAUGACUGGGAGUGGCACAAAGCCGUUCUCUCCGGUGCCGCAAAGUCAGGAUUAUCGACAAAUUCUGGUUCUAACGCAGCACCUCUACUGCGACAUUGUGGUUUGGAUGUGGUCAAAGUUGAGACUUUCGAGUUCUCAUUCGUCCCAUCAAUCAAAACGCCCAGAAGCCAGUCAAUGGGAAGAUAUGUACAGGCUAAAUUGAUACCACAGUAUCCAGAAUUGCUUCGAAAAAUGUUAGGAGCAAUUGGUAUAACUGGUGAGAGGUUGGAGACACUGACAAGAGCAUGCAUUCGUGAUAUUACUUCUGAGGAAGGAUUGUAUCAGAAGUAUACAGUCACUGUUGCCAGAAAGCCGUAGCCUAGGGGAACCUUUUCCGCACAUAAAUGUUUAUACUGCCGAAAUUAAUAUCUACGG